CCGGGGCCCCCGGGGCGCGCGCCCGAGGGACCGCGCCAGGGCGGGAGGGCGCGUGCCCGCGCGGGCCGCCGAACGCGCACGGGCGGCCUGUGUAUCCGCGAGCGCGGCGCCGCGAUGGGCAACUGCGUCCGCGGGUCCCCGCAUGAGCGGGACCGCCCCCUGGACCCCGAGGAGGCGCCGUCCGUUCCUGUGGAAGUCCCGGCGAAGAUCCAGAGGAACAACUCGCGCCGCUCCUCCCUGGGGUACGGCGAGGUCUUCUGCCCCGAUGUCGAGUUCUUCACGGUCGGCUCCGACUACCGGAUGGACGAGGAGAAGGCUGCGGCCGCGUGGGCCAAGAACGGCGGCCGGGAGCUCGAGCCCGCGCUCUCCGACGGGGCCGUGGCGCUGCUGAGCUGCCAGUGGUUCGUGCGGCUGGCGGAGGCCGGGGGCAUCCUCGCGCCCCGGCAAGGAAUGGACCCCACGGAGAGGAGGCUGGAGGAGUUCGGGGACAUGCUUUUCCCAAAGCAUUGGAAGAAGGAUUGGAAAGCAGUGACGGCGACUAUCGGUCAGCAGCAGUUGGACCAGGCCUUUCUCCCACUGGACGACCUCAUGGCGGAGGUCCACCAGUCCGUGCUGCGGGUGUUCUGCGUUUCGCAUGUUUGGCUGCAGCACGAUCACCCUGAUCCGCACGGCCACAACCUUCGUGUUAUCGGCAGAUGUUUGAAGCUUCUGUCCAAGGACGCCUUCAACGGAUACGCUGGCCACUGGGGCGUCUUUUUUGACCUGUGUUCCCUGCAUCAGGGUUGCCGCGACUCUAAGGAUAAGGCCCAGCCAUAUGUGUUCGAGUGGCUGGACAGCGAGAACCGAUUCGCGCAGAAUGCCGUGGGCCGCCGACCAGCAGAGGAGGAACUGUUCAGACAGGCACUCAAGAGUUUGGGCACCUUUUAUCGCCCGCGGAUACACAUCCGUGCACUAUUGUAG